AGCAGCGUUUCGCCGUUUUGCGGCCUUUCCUUUUCCAGCGCAACGAUUCAACAGCAACACAGGGCCCUUCCGUCUUGCUGGCAACGAUACGCUUAAUUCGCCGCAUCGUUGUUGAGCCACCCCCCACCUCACUCACUAUCAACGUUCGGCCGGGGUCUUGGAGGGGAAAGUGACUCCCCCCGCCGCCCCAUGCGUUGGACUGCCUUAGUGUUUCCACAACCUCAUUAUUUCAUAGAACCAAUCGGUCCGAAAACCACCGCCCUCGCCCGUCUUUGCACCUCGCACAGUAUGCCCCUCCCGUUGGUCUCCGGCCUCUCGAUGGGUCUCCGCUUCAGGACGAAAUUUAUAUUCGGACUCGUCACGGCACUCUGUCUGCUCUACUUCCUUACCGGCCGUCGGAGUUCGGCGUCAUUCGAACAGGCAUUGCAGGAGAAUGUGGUGUUGGAGGAUAUAGCCGCAGCGAACGGGAUAGAGGAACCCGCCGCAGCCGCUGUCGACGCAAAAGUCCCACCCGUCGUCGCCGCUGUCCUCCCACCACCCUCGAAAACAACCUUCCCCCGACCGUCAGGGGUGGACCCAGCACUAGUCCCAGUAGUAUCCUCCUUCUUCAACGGUCGCCUCCCGAAGGGAAUAACCGGCCGCGCCCUGUCGCGAGUGUACGAAUGGGCGGAAAAGGCGGAAAUGGCGGAUCUUGCCGCUCGCCGGGCAUACGACGAAGCGGUCGAUGCUAAAGCUAUGCUCUACAUAUCGGCCGCUACGAAUAUGAAGGACCUCAUUUCGCGAUACUGGCAAACUCACGCUUUGCAUUACAAUGCGUCUAUCCAGCUGCGGGCUGCUGAGCGGAUCCGUGAGUUCCUGCUGGACCCCACGUUUGCGGUUACUGGAUCGGGCGUCUCGCCUUUGCAACCGAAGAAGACCCCUCUUUGCCUGAUAGCGACAUACGAAGGACAGAACGAUGCGUUCCCCGAUUACGCAACCGUUUUGGUGGAUAGCGUUGCCAGGAACGCGCCGUAUGCAGAUCUUCACCUGUUUGUGCACAACACGACAAAGGCGUCUUUCCCUCACGAUAUGCAGAGACCGAACGUUAAGAUCAUCGAUAUUUCGCAUAUUCACCCUAGUUACUCAUACCGUGGAUUCGCUGGAUUGGCUACCGACCGUCUCUGCAAGGCCCUGGGCCGGGAACCGCCGGCAGAUUUGGCAUUGGGUUGGGAAGGAUAUGACCAGGAGUGCGAUACUCUCGAGCGCCGACUCCGCGCGUUCGAGGGCCGCGGUGGGUCUGUUAUUGACCAGUUGCGUGGUGCUUGGGGCACACUCUUUGCCGAGCAAGUCUCGUCAGACCGGUGCGAUUCGUGGGGGUGGAUUGAUGUAGGCACCGCGGUCGGAGACCUGAGUCGCUGGAUGGAUAACAAACUCAUCAAAGACGCCGACCUCUUCACCGCCCACGAAGGCGACGCCUGGCGCCUGUACCUCCGCAGCUCCUUCACCGUACACAACUACCGCACAACCCAACCUUCCCCCGUCAAGAAGUCCGUCACCACCAACCCGCGCCCCACCCCGUCCGACAUCACCACCCUCUGGAAACACUGCAAAUCGCUCUCCUCCAUCCCCGCCCUUCUCACCACCUUUGCCAACCCCUCCGACUGGCUCUCCCUCACCGAAGGCUGCUACUCCCACUCCGCCAUCCACGCCCCGGGCAUUUCCACCGUCCUGGCCCCCUGGCAACUCCCCUCAUGGGCCGACACCCGUCUGCUGAUCGUCCACGACGGCCGCGCACACUAUUGCGUUGGGGAAAGCAACGCCGAAAGUUGUCGUGGGUGGGUGAGGGGGUUCGCGCGCGAGAAGGAGGAGCUGGCAGCGGCGAUGAGAAACCCGGCUUUGGGCAAGAAGACGGCCAUAUCCAAACCCCUCGCGUUCCAUACCGCGAAAGAAAUCUUCUCCAACCCAUCCACAUCCUCGCACCCUGUCACGCUCCUCCCCCGCAAAACACAAAAAUGCUCCGAAUGGUUACCAGCUGAAUACAACCUCUGCACCGACAAAACCGCCGUGGAGCUCAUCGACCAGGCCGUCGCGAACAACCAGAUCGCCGUCCAACUCGUCGUCUCGGACGAGAAGAGCAGCGUCAUCGCAACAGUAGAAACCUUCCCGCGCCCAGACGACGGUGUCGCCAACCCCGGCGUCGGGGGUACAAACACCAACAGCCGCGGAGUCGGGGAGAUGCUGCUCGUGCGGUUCUUGGAAUGGACGUCUAAGCAGUCGAAGGACGCUGACGCCAAGAAGGACACUGCUGCUGCUGCGGUUGCGAAUAUGGGGAAGGAAGCCGGUGUGAAAACGCCGAAAUUGGAGAAGACGUGGUUUUAUACGGUUGCGAAUGGGAGUAUACAGAUCUCGCCGGGGAAGAUUCUUUUGCAUACCGUUGGUGGGUGGUGGUAUUGAGUGCUUGGCUAGAUGACGCACGGCGUAGACUCUACGUUGAGUGGCGUACGGGCUUGGGGACCCGUCUGCUGGAUGGACGUGGUAAGGUUGUAUUCGGAUGGCGUAUGGAUUAGCAGUGGAAUAUAGUAAUUUAAUCGGUGGUUUUAGGC